AUUAAAAAUAGCUUUCCUUUUUAGUUGGCAAAGCGAGUGAGGCAUGACACAAUAGACAGCGACGUAUCUCUUGGUCCCAAUGCAACUUUAUACGAGAUUGUUCGUCAAGGAAAAAUGGCAAUGUCUUCUGUGGUGGAUGAUUGGAUUGAUGCGUACAAAACCGAUCGCAACGGUGCACUGCUUGAUCUUAUUCAAUUCUUUAUUCACGCGUCGGGGUGCAAAGGAACGGUUACUCCAAAAAUGAUGCAAGAAGUUUCUGAAGGUUUUCAGGAUGUGAUAAAACAAAUGACUGAACAGUUUGAUGAGGACAGUGGAGAUUACCCUCUUAUUGCCACUGGUGCCCACCAUCGAAAGUUUCGCUCAAGUUUUUGUGAUUUUGUUCAGGCAUUAGUUCGGCAGUGUCAAUAUGAAAUAAUCUACGAUCAAUUUAUGAUGGACAAUAUUUUAACUUUGCUUACUGAGCUCAGCAACUCUCAAGUAAGAGCGUUCCGACAUACUUCAACUCUUGCAGCAAUGAAACUAAUGACCGGUCUUGUAAACGUGGCUCUUCAACUCAGUGUAAGUUUGGAUAACACUCAGCGACAAUAUGAUGCUGAACACAACAAAACCAUAAGCAAACGUGCGUCGGAAAAACUUGAUAUAUUGAUGCAGAAAAGAAAAGAGUUGGAAGAGCAACAAAGUGAAAUAGAAGGGAUGCUUAAUGGAAUAUUCAAGGGAAUAUUCAUUCUACGAUAUCGGGAUUUCAUUGCUGAAAUCCGUGCACUAUGCAUGGAUGAAAUUGGUGCUUGGAUGAGAAUGUUUUCCAAAGUAUUUCUUACAGACAGUUACCUGAAAUAUGUUGGAUGGACCUUGCAUGACAAACAAAAAGAAGUUCGUACAAAAUGCCUAAAUACUCUAAUUGGAUUGUAUGGUGACAACGACAUGACUCGGGAUUUAAAACUUUUCACGAGUCGUUUUAAAGACAGAAUCGUGUCCAUGACGCUUGACAAAGAAUAUGACGUGGCAGUGUUGGCCAUUAAGCUGCUGUAUUUAAUAUUAUCAAACUGUGGAUAUGACACACCAGUGCUGACAUCAAGUGAUUGUGAGAGUGUCUACCAACUUGUCUUUUCAUGUCAUCGUCCAGUUGCUGUUGCAGCUGCCGAGUUUCUGAACAAACAACUUUUCAUGGAUAAGGACGUGAACCCAGGUUACACGAAACGCGGUAAAAGAAGAGGUGUAAAUGCACCAGUGAUCACAGAUCUUGUGCUGUUCUACAUGGAGAGUGAGUUGCAUGAACAUGCUACAUACCUGGUUGAUUCACUAUGGGAUGUUGCUGGUUCUAUGCUGAAAGAUUGGGAAUGUAUGUCGGACAUGUUGCUUGAGGAACCAGCCAAUGAUCGCGACUCGCUGGAUCAGAAACAAGAGAGCGCUCUCGUUGACAUUAUGGUGUGUUCAGUAAAACAAGCUGCUGAAGGGGUUCCGCCUACAGGCAGGCAAGGCUAUAGCAAGAAAUCAGCAUCCCGAGAUCGGAAGAUUGCGAUUGAAGAUCGUUUAAAGUUGACAGAGCAUUUUACCGUUGCUCUUCCAAGUCUGCUUAAGAAAUUUCAUGUGGAUCGUGAAAAAGUAGUUGGUUUGUUACAGAUACCGAGAUAUUUUGAACUGGAGUGUUACACAACAAGCAGGAGAGAAAAACAUUUGGAUGAAUUGUUGACACAAUUAUCAGUGGUGAUGGAUAAACAUACUGAGCAUGAUGUACUUGAAGAAGUUUCUCGAACAUUCAGUCAUUUAUGUGACGAUGAAUUUGCUAUUUUUAGUAAAGUUUCCAUAGCACGACGUGCGGUGAUCGACAAGUGGGCGGAAAACUUACGAUUUUCUCUUGCUGUUUUUAAAGAAGCGGGGGAUAAUGUUGAUGACGAAGAAGUUUAUAAUGUUGUACAGAAUCUGAAAAGACUUACUCAUCUCUUCAUGUUCAAUGAUAUUACUCAGUGGGAUUUGUAUCCUCAGGCAAACAUGAUAAUUCAAAUGCAACAAGAACGUUCAGAUUCAAUACCAGAAUCGAUGCUGCUUGAAGCUGUGAAGUUUAUCUAUUACCACCUCGUAUACUCAUUAGCCGGGUUAAAGAAGUCUUCAACAAGCUCUGGAGUUGGAUCGGAGGACCCACGAGCAGCCAUUGGUCUCCUUCGGAAGAGAACAGCAGAGUACUUAAGUUCAUGCGAGAUGCUCCUUGCAAAAUCCCCCUACAAGAAAAUCCAGGAAGAAUCAUACAUGUCGAUCUGCGAUCUGCUUGUUAUGUUUGCUCCUCAAUUAGCGAGCUCAAGUCCCAACCUCAAAUCUUUGGUCCAGCGAGCCUCGGAACCCUUGCAACAUUCGCUUGUUGACUUCGUUCGUGAGUUUGUCUUCACCAUGCCUGAUGAAGAUGAGAAUGAGGAUGACACAGCUAAAAUUGAUGCAUUACAUCAGCGUCGCUCGCUAUUAGCAGCUAUUUGCAAGUUGUUUGUGUAUAACAUGGUGGAUCUUCGAUUGGCUGCUGUUGUCUUCCAGCAAUACAUCAGGUUCUAUUCAGAUUAUGGUGAUAUUAUAAAGGAGACGAUCAGUAAAACAAGACAUGUAAAUAAACUUGGUUGUGCUCAAACACUCGCGCUCAGCUUGAAGUCUCUUUUCCGAGAGACAGUUCGUGAACAAGGAGGAGUUCUCGACCAAAGCUCGCAGGAGUAUGGUCACAUGAAGGAGCUAGCGAGACGAUUUGCGCUCACUUUUGGUCUCGAUCAAGUGAAGACAAGAGAUGCAGUGGCAGAACUUCAUAAAGAGGGAAUUUUGUUUGCUCUUAAAAGAGACGACGCAGCAUAUAACGAAUCUGUGGCACCCCCAAAUCUAAGUUUUCUUGGUAUUUUGGUUGAAUUCUCUGCAAAACUUAUGAGACAGGAUAAAAGAACAGUUGUUCAUUACCUCGACAAACACAUCUCCCCACACCUUCUAUCCAACCAAGAUUCCUCGUGGAUACCUCUUGUCACUUAUCGUAACUCCCUUCUACAAGGAGCAGGACUUGAUGAUGAUUUGCGGCAAGCUCCAGCAAAGAGUCGGAGAGGCCGACGCAAGAAGAAUAUUGAGGGGGAACUGGAACCCCCGGCCACCCCAAUCAGCCCCGCAACCCCCAUGCACCAACCACAGACCCCCAUGACCCCACAACCUCAUGCACAGCCCACAAUGGCUCCACAAAAUAGCAUCGGUCAACCUCAACUUACAUCCACUGUGAUGAGGGGGAAGCAACAGAUGAGGAUGACUGAUGAUCAGAUGGAGUAUCGACCUUCUCAAACCAUGAUAAAUACAUCCAUGCCAAUGACUCCCCAACACUCCAUGCCUCCACCACAAGAAUAUCAUCAUCAGAUGGGAUACCCCAUGUCUGUGCCCCAACAAAGUCCUAUUCAGCAGAUUGGGACACCACAAUACAUGCAACCUAGUACAUCAUCUGGAAUAUACCAGCAGGGUGGAAGUGAAAGCUACCAAGGUGUUGUAUCACCGAUGACACAACCAGGCAUGCAGACACAGUCUCCGUAUUACGGUAACUGAAGUGGACUUCAAUUAAAUGCUGCUGACAAUUAAAAAGUCAAGUCCAGUUCUACACUGCCACAAAGCGACAAUAUAUUUGUACAUAAAUGAAGUUGCAUUAAUGUUCAUUGUUUUUCCUUAAGUAGUUUUUGUCUUUCUCCUAAUAAACGACAUUUAUGACCCAG